AUGGCUGCGACGGCCGGCCAGCUCGCUGGUUCAGGACCGCGGCGCGCCGAGCGGCAUCCCUGGCCAGUCCGGCCGCCGCCCGCUCGUCCCGCCCGCACCGCACUCGGCGUCCGCCCGCCCGCCCGGAAUGAGGCCGCGGCUGCCCCGCCCCGCCUGUCACCGCUGGGGAGCGUCGCCAAAUUCUGCCUCCCGCGCGCGCCGUCCGCUGUCACUUCCGGGGAGCGUCGGCAAACUCCGCCGCCCGCGCGCGCCGCAAGCUAUCCCUGCCAGGGAGCGUCGCCCCCGCCUCUCCCUGUGGCUUUAAGCACAGCCGACUCGGACCCUGAUGCCCAGCUGGGAGAAGUUAGGCGAACCCAGUGCAAAUCGGGCUUAGGGAGCUGUGGCGCUCGGUUCCGCCGCGCCAUGGGCGCGGUACGCGCGCGCUACCUCGUGUUUUUCCAGUACUUGGGCACGGCCUUCAACGGGGUCAUGGCGGUCAGGGGCUCCCAGAGCGCUGUUGGCGUCCAGAAUUUCCUGGAGGAGGCCGCAGAGCGGCUGAAUUCCAUGGAGCGAAUCAAGUUUACCAUCUCCAGCCGCACAGAUGCUGGCGUCCACGCCCUGAGCAACUCCGCGCACCUGGAUGUUCAGCGCCGCUCAGGCCUGCCACCCUUCUCUCCCAAGGUCCUGACUCAGGCCCUCAACACCCACUUGAGACACCCGGCCAUCAGGGUGGUGCAGGCCUUCCGGGUGCCCAACGACUUCCAUGCUCGCCACACAGCCACAUCAAGGACCUACCUGUACCGCCUGGCCACUGGCUGCCGCUGGCCAGACCAGCUCUCCGUAUUUGAACGAAACCUGUGCUGGGCAUUGCAGGCUGACCUGGACGUGGCCGCCAUGCAGGAGGCUGCCCAGCACCUCCUAGGAACCCAUGACUUCAGUGCCUUCCAGUCAGCUGGCAGCCCAGCCAGGAGCUCAGUGCGUACACUGCGGCGUGCCACUGUUUCCCCUGGGCCUGCCAGCCCCUUUGUCAAUCCCCAGGAGAACAGGAGCCUACGGUUCUGGAACCUGGAGUUUGAGAGCCAGUCCUUCCUAUACCGGCAGGUACGGAGGAUGACAGCAGUGCUGGUUGCUGUGGGGCUGGGGGUACUGACACCUACCCAAGUGAAGGUGAUCCUCGAGAGUAAGGACCCCUUGGGCAGGGAUCAGACACGUGUGGCCCCGGCCCAUGGCCUGUUCCUGAUGGCGGUGCGGUACCCAGGCCUUGGAAGCCUCGGUGAGAGAUGA